AUGUCUUUAUCUUUACAUAUGAAUAAGCUAUCAGAUAUCUACACAAAGAUUAAGACAACAUACUUGUUAGACUGCUUUGGCACUUAUGAACGCUUAUUAACCCCUAGAUAUGCCAGUGCUACUAACCCAGCACUAACCCAAUCAGCCAAAACUGUCCGUUAUAAACUGCUUAGGUCCUGGAUUAGUAUCGGGCUGUGUAUUGGAUUGGCACUAUUAGCUGGGGUCGAUAAGUUGAUUUUUGGAAAUCAAUUGAUUGUUCUGUCAAUUUCAAAUGAAACAAUGACGGCCUUGAAUUCAAUUGGCUUCAUAAUUUCUGGUUCGUGCACGAAUGUGCAUAUCGCGUCUUAUGAGCCCAAUACACAGCAAUUGUCCAGGAAUAAUCUUGGGGAUGUUUUAUUUAUACGCCCGCCUAACCCGUUAGCAAACAGUCCUACAUGCGUGAUAACAGCUUCUUUUAGCCGGGUUAAAUUUAUACUGUCUUAUUAUCUUGAUGUUGAAACGGCCAAGGUAGUUUUAAAUGCAUUAAGAAAGAUUGCCAUUUUCAAGGCUUCCGAUGUCUAUAUUGUUUAUAAAGACCCAAACCCCAAAUGCUAUCAACAUAAUCUGCUAAUCCUUUCUCGAGUUGUUAACAUGAUGUGCUGUACAUCCCUGUCAGUUUGCUUUGAUUCCGACCUGAAAAAAGACGCAAGCCCUGAUUACAUAGAUUGGACCGCCUGUUUGGAAGAAGCUCAAAGCACACUACACCACGCUAAUUAUGACGAAGCAGUUUGUCUUAAGGUCUCUAGCACGAUGCACAACAAUCUUCCGGGGUUGAUAAAUAGUGGGAUUCCUAUUUUGCGGCGAAUUUCAUCUAUCACAAUAAUGGACACCCAGUUUAAACAUAUCUCUUAUAUUAGUCAAUUGCCAUUAAUCGAUGGCUAUACCCUUUGCUUUUCGUUGACCUAUAAGAUGCACACCCUUGAUCUCACUGUUCUUCAAAUGCUUCCAUACUGGUGUAAUAGCAUCACCAUUGAGGAUAACAUAGACGGUAGAAAUCUAACGAUACUGGGUCUUGAAGAUGCCAUUGAGAAACAUCCUAUAAUAGCUCUGGAUGCGACAUGGAAGACUAUUUUCGAUCUCGGAAUCUACAGCAAGACUUUAAUUCACGUCCAUACUCUUCGCGGCUUUGACGUUAACCCUGAGUCACUUGAAGAAAUGAUAGGAAUCAGCCAAUUAAAAACACUAACUGAUCCCCGAAUUAUGGCUUACAAUGUCGUUUCCAAAAUCUCAACUGAAAUGCCAUGUCGUCUUCUGGAGUAUUAUGUCCAAUACUACACCCCUACAUCUUAUGCUAAGUUUGGAAUCUUGACCAAAUACACCCGAAUUUCUUAUAACCCCAACCGCUCUGAUUUUCAGCACACCUUAGAUUUUUGGGCUGCUAUUUCAGCCAUAUCGGCAGUCCCGCCUGAGAUACACGAGCUAAACAUUAUGUGCCAUGGGCAAAGAUUAAGCCAUCCCGGCCAGCGGCUUCAAGAAACAGUCAAUAUUCAACUCAACCAUCCCGAACUAAUGCUUAUGGUUCUGCAGUACCAACGUAAAGGGCACAUCUGCUUCUGUCAGAAUAUACGCUACAGGAUUAUCCAUAUUAAUGGCCAUAACCCGUCAUCUAAGCCAGUGAGUUAUAUAGCUAUUAGGCUUCUUUCUUUACUUCAGAGUGUCUCUGUUUUCCAGCUUAAGAUCUCGAAUGCUUGUGACAAGAACUAUACCUUCACUAACUUUGAUAUGAACGAUUUAACAAAAAAGACUCCCGAUCGGCCCAAAUAUCGCCCAAACAUUAAAAUCUUGGUGCUUGACAACGUCGAUCAGAAAAUCAUCAAUUGGAUAUUCCAACACUACGACUUUUUUGGCCCAGUGAAAGUGUACAUUCUGAAUCAGCACUUCAAAAACCUUGCCAUAGCCCAAAUUCUGUCGCAUCCUGUAUCUAAUAAUAUCACUGCACUUGUGGUUAAUGACUUUCUUGAAUUAGACGAGGUUGUGCAUUAUAAACAGCCGCUCUUAGACAGCAAGUUUUCCCUGUUCAAUUACAUCGAAACAGUAACGCAACCACCCAAAUCACCUAGCAGCCUCGGCUUACACAAACUGUAUAUGCAGCUAACUACUAUUGAUUUUGGGUUGUAUAGUGAAAUAUUAUCCGAGCUCGUGAAAUACCAUAUCAACCUUCUAGCUAUGAAGUUUGAGGAAUACCUCGCCAGCGCAUCUGUUGAUUCUAACCAAAUUAGCAUGGUGGCCAAGAGCGUAUUUACACUUUAUAAUGUCACUCUACCCGCUUUAGAAUCUAACUUUGUCGCUUUCCAGCCCAGCUACCUCGCAUGGCCCAACGAAGUACCAGCCAAUACGUCGCAGGAUUUAAAGAAAGGUUUCAAGAAGCUGACCUUGUGUUUCAGUGAUAACCCAAUACUAACUGAAGCGAGUAUAGUGACUAUUAUUCGAUGGACAGUCUAUCGAUUUAAAGAGAUAAGAACUUUGCGGAUAAUAGGCAUUCAGAUAGCCGCGAAUGAAAAGGAAAAGAUAAGUUCUCGUAACUACUGGGUCGUUGGUCUAGAGGUGCUCUGUAGUAUCUUAAUCAUGGAAAAGCAUUCACAAACCCCGCUCAUUGGGUUACUAGCACACCCCUGCCACGUCCUUGGCGGUGACUCCACUAUUAUUAUGGUGGAGCGCAAAGACUUGACUUACCUGAUUAAAUAUACCAACUAUGUUGAUGCCCUUAAGUCCGAACCAAACCUCGAACUAAACCCCGAACCAAACCCAAUCCCAACCCCUGACUUAUCCAAAACCAAUCCACGCCUACAAAGGAUCAUAGAUGAUAUUAAUAAGCACAAGCCGGCAAUCGAAUGCCGAGUUUGUUAUAAAAGCCAUUAUAUGCCGCCUGGUGAUCUAACUGCAAAAGAGGAAUUCGACCCAGAAAACCACAUCACUGCGUUUUUCUAUUUUAAGUGCGGCCAUCCGCUUUGUAGCGAUUGUGUGAGUAAUCCUUAUGUGAUGUCCAAGAAGGAAUGCCCAUUCUGUCGACGGCCGGGUGUGUACGAAAAAGUCCGCACACUUGUCAGCUUUCCCAGAUCUAACAUUGUUCUUCCCGAGGACACUGCUAAUACUCCAACGGAUAGUAUCGAAUGGUUCACAGCCAGAACACUCCUUAACGACCGAGUUUAUUUAUACUUGCCCAUUAAAGAUACGGCCAAAUCUGCCAUUAAUUCAACAGAGAGAACUGCCUAUUAUAACUACGACCAAAUGCAUGUCAUUUAA